AUAAUCAUACAGUUAUAUAUCAUAGGGUGCAUAGACUGGGGAAACAUAUUAGUUUGGCACACUGAAGGCAGUCACUGGAUCUACCUCAAGCCUGUAGUGGAGACUCUGCUAGACAGAGGACACAAUCUUACAGUGCUGGUAAACAGUGCUUCUCUGUACAUAGACCCCACGGAACGCUUUCGCUUCAGCGACCAACCCUUCAAUGACUCAGUCUCUGUGGAGGAUUGCCUUGAGGAGUUCAUACACUUUUUCAUGUACGAUAUGGACCACCUGUACUACUGGCAGAUCCACUGGAGACUUGAUGAACUCAUACAAAGACUAAUUCAGCUAAACAUGCAGAUUGUGGAUGGACUGUCAAAGUCAGAGAGCGUCAUGGAGACUCUGAGAGAGGCCAAGUAUGAACUUCUAUUAGCUGAUCCCAUUUGGCCUGGCAGUGAGCUGGUGGUAGAGAUGCUGGGACUUCCUCUGGUGUAACGUUUCUCUAUCGCCCACACCAGGGAGAGGCUCUGUGGGCAGCUUCCGGUACCAUUCUACGUCUCUAGUGCCAUGGUAAAAUGAACGGGCAAAAUGAAUUUAGCGAGACUGAUGAAUUUCCUGUUCUAUGCGUCGCAGGACAUGACGAUAUACAGUCUUUGGCGUGAUAUAGAUGACUACUACAGUGAUGCUAUAGGUGAGCUGUUACAGUAUCAUUGGAUGAGGUAG